AGUUUUCGCUUACAGUACAGUAGUUGAAUUUUUUAGUUAACUACCAAAUAUUCACGUCAUUUCAUUUGCCCAGAUGUCCGAUUGUCCUGACACGGCAAAUUCCCAAAGGCGGAAGGGUUUAUUGUAUAUUUGCGAAUUGCGAUCGCGAGUGAUCGAUCCUUAUCACUCUCCACCCGGCGGAUUUCCCCAUAGCUGGCUGGCGUCUGGCUGCGUACUAUGGCAUAACAUCAUGAACGUACCUAGUUUGCUAAGCACAUAAAGUGAACAUUGGCCGUUGCCCUUGCUGCCUUUGCAUUGCUUCUUGCUUGCCCAGCUCAGCCAGCUGCACGUCAAUUUAUUUAAUGCGGCGCAAACCGAGCCAUUCCGACAGUGACAACAUCGCAUCGCGUUAUUCCAGGCUCGUAGAUUUCACGCAGUCCCCUCGGAAACUCAGCAUUAUGGCACGAAUUAUCAUAGCUGGCAGUUGCCUGUUGGCCGUCGUUCUCUUGUUUGCACGCUAUUCCUCUUCGCAGCAAACGACGAAGCUGCGAACUGUAGCAGUCUUGAAGGACCAAGGUGGCGGAUCAGGUGUGUGGGGAACUAUCCAUUUGGAACAAGAUAUAUCGCAGCCUAAUGGACAGCCAAGCAGCCCGGUGCACAUCUACGGGGAUAUCAACGGUUUGAAGUCAACAGGUGUCCACGCUUUCCACAUACACAAAUUUGGGGAUAUUACGAAUGGUUGCCAGUCCGCGGGUGAUCACUGGAAUCCUCGCGCACAUGAGCAUGGAGCACCGGAGGAUGUUGUAAGACACGACGGUGAUUUGGGAAACAUCAACGCUGACCGUAGCGGAAAAGCCCAAAUUGACCUGCGUGAUAACAUUCUGACGUUGGUGGGGCCACAGUCUAUAAUCGGAAGGUCCGUUGUUGUUCACGAGAAAGCGGAUGAUCUGGGACGCGGAGGCACUGCAGAUAGCAAAAAGACGGGAUCGGCUGGUGGACGUUUGGCUUGCGGCGUAAUUGGUUGGCUCAAGGAAUAGCACGUUUGAUCCCAUUUUGUAAAUACAUUAAUUUUUGCGUUUCCAUUCCUUGGAGUUCAAAUUCUUUAGAUUGUUUUCCGGUGAUGUUGGGAUCGAAUUCUAAAUGUUUUGUACGCGUCUAACACAUUUAGUUUACGUGUUUUAGGCUGGCUCUUGAAUAAAUAAGUUCAUGCAUGCCUUCAUUGUUAAUUUCUGGUUUUGAUGAGAUCAAUGAGCAUCAUUUUGGUACCUGAUUGUGAUUAACUUCAUAAUCACUUGGAAAUGUAACUGAUAUUGUUCAUGCAGCAAAGAACUUGCACCGGGAUAGAGACUUACUGGGUUUUCACGUUCUGAUAAAUGGGAUUUUUCGUUCUGAUGAAAA